AUGAAGCUCCCCGAUCGUCGCCUCCACGAGCGACACCUUGAGAAGCUGGGACAGUUCCAGCAUAUCCUGGAGCUAUUCCCCUCUGCUUUGGAAGAACUUGUCGCUGCCAAGCCCGACGAUCACGUGGCUGCCACGUGA